AUGGACAAGGAAAUCGCCUCUAUCAUCGAAAGCUGGCGAAGCAAAAAGGCCAACAGAGUCGCCAAACGCGCUGGACGUACCGGCCGUCCUGACAAGCGCGAGGCCGAUGCCAACAGCGACGCCGAUUGGGCUGACGUCUACGAGAGUAUUCGACGUCAACUUUACAAGGUUGACGUUGAACGCUCUCGUAGCGCCAGCCGCUCUGGCAGUCUGCAACCGGCGGCCGAGGAAGCGACGGGCCGUGGCGCAUCGGAAUCGUCAUUUGAUUCCGUGCAUGAAGUUCUGGAAGGGCUUCCGAGCUCACCCACCGUCCAAGAGUUCACCAGCGACAAUUCAUUUGAUUUCGUUCGCGAAUAUCUGGAGGGGCUGCCGAGUUCGUCACUGGCUCCAGCCACCCCCCGCGACGAUUCAUUUGAAUACGUCCGUGAAUAUCUGGAGGGGAUGCCGAGUUCAUCAAUGGCUCCGGCAAGCCCCAGCGAUGGUGGCGACGAAGGCGACGAAGGCGACGAAGACGACGAAGAAGAGGCCGGGCCCAAUGAAGACGAGUUCGGCGACGAGGAGUCCGGCGACGAUGAUUCCGGCGACGCUGAUUCCUGGGUCACUCCCAGUACUCCCAGUACUACCAGUACUCCUAGUGGCUGUAGCCGCAGUGACUUGAUCUGGGACCACCGGGAGGAAAAGAUGACACCAGCGGGGGCAUACGCCGACUUGUGGGCACGUUAUUGUCGUGAAACAAAGGCCAACAAGAAUUUACAGGAUCCCGAAACAUCGACCGCCAACGAAAUCCCCGAUACCACCAUGCACGCGAGCGACGAAAGCACUCAGAGCCUGAAUAAGAAGAGAAGUCUUGAGCAACUUGAAGACGGUUCCAAGAAAUUCGACACAAUAAAGCCUUCAGCACGGGAACCUCCAAGUGACACCGCUGGUAUUAAGUCAACGACUGACGGAGAGCCCGAAAAGAAGAGACACCGCGAUAAUUCACAGGAGCCAGAGCCCAAAGCCGAUAAUGGAUUUGCCUCAAGUGCUUUCGGAAAGGCAGUCGGCGCCUCACCCUUCGCCUCACUAGGGAACACCCAAGAGUCAAAUUUCGUGUCUAAAACUACCUCGCCUUCUCCGUUCGCUGACUCUAGCUUUGCCUCAUAUGCAGCCUCUGUUAACUCUCCUUUCUGUCCACCAGCAGCAUCUAAGCCUUCAGUCUUCAUGUCUGCUCCCGCUGGAUCUAACAGCUUUGCCUCUGCCCCUGCAACUUCUGGAUUUGGUGGCAUGGGAGGUGGAUUUGCAGGAUUCAGUGGUGGGUUCGCUGCUGCGGCCAAGCCCGGUCUAACCAGCUUUGCAUCAAACAAUGCUCCGCCCACCUUCGGCGAAACAAAGGCCAAGCCCCUUGGCGCCGACGACUCCGAUGACGAUGAAAGCGAUGGGGAUGGGGAUGAGGACGGUUCAAGCACAUUUGAAGCCGCCAAAACUGAUGAACGCUUUUACGAACAGACCGUCGAAACUGGCGAGGAACAAGAGGAGACCGUGUUCACCUGCAAAGCUAAGCUGUUCCAUUUCUCAAACAAAGAGUGGAAGGAGCGUGGUAUCGGAACUUUCAAGAUCAACGUUCGCCAGACUGCCGACGGUAACGAAGCUGGCCGUAUGAUCAUGCGUGCUGAUGGCGCCGGACGAGUUAUCCUGAACAGCCCGAUCUUCAAGGGCAUGAACUAUGGAGGCCCCGAUAAUUCUGCCCCAGCUAGCAAGCAAAUUUUGCUCGCAGGCACUGAGGAAGGACGCACUGUACCACUGUUGCUUCGCACUCAAAGCGAGGCAACUGCUGUUGAUCUCUACGAUGUCAUUGACGAUCUACUGGCGGAUCCAUCCACCACUUCAGCAAACACGUCAACAUCUGCCUAG